AUGGCUUGCUGGAGCCACCAGCUUCAGGCACACCGUAGGCGCAGCAGCAGCAGCAUCUGCAGCAGCAACUGCAGCAGCAUGCGGUACUUCUGCUGCCCGCUCAGUACAGCAGCAGCUAGCGGUCAGCUGCAACCCCAGCAGCAGCAGCAGCUGCUGCUGCAACAGCCGGAAGCAGCAGCAGCCUCCAGCAGCAGCGACGCUGCACCAGCCCCUCGCCAAGACCAGCACCAGCCCGCGCAGCAGCCCCAGCUCCAGCAGCAGCAGCAGCAGCACGACCAGCAGCAGCAGCAGCAGCAGCAGGACUAUCUGUAUGACGCAGAAGAAGAAGUGCUAAGCCCCGAGCAACGCCAAGAGAAAGAGCGGCUUAUUAAACUCUUGGCGAAGAAGCUGGCGGGGCCCUUAGCAGACGCAGACGGCUGCGUUCCCACAGGGUCUGCGCGGCCGGUGGCGAUAGAAGUGGACGGGCCUUCGCACUUCUAUAGCGGCACUGAACAGUACACUUCUUACACGAAGUUGAAGCACCGGCUUUUGACUCGAAUGGGGUUUAAAGUGCUGCACGUUCCUUACUUCGAGUGGCGCCGCCUGCGGGGGCAACGGGAGCGAGAGGAGUACAUGAAAAAGAAACUGCAGGAGGAACCCUCGGAGUGGCUAGACCCUCAAGAUGAGGCCUUCUACAACCAAAGAAUGGGGCUGCUGCAGCAGCAGUACCAACAGGAGCUGCAGCGGCAGGCAGCAACUUCCCAGCAGCAGCAGCAGCAGCAGCAGCCGCAGCAGCAGCAACACCAGCAGCAAGAUGGCCCCCAGCCCCAAGAGGGGCCACAGCAACCGUGCAGCGUAGCCCAGCAGCAGCAGCAGCAGCAGUGGCAGCAACAGCGGCCACAGUGGCCGCAGCAGCCGCAGCAACAGCAGCAGGAGCCGCAGCAACAACAGUGGGAGCAGCAGCAACCUUCACAGUGGCAGCAGCAGCAGCAACCGCAGUGGCAGCAGCAGCAGCCGCAGCAGCAGCAACAGCAGUGGCAGCAACAGCAGCAACCGCAGUGGCAGCAACAGCAGCAGCAACCGCAUUGGCAGCCACAGCAGCAGUGGCAGCAGCAGCCACAAUGGCCGCAGCAGCAGUGGCAACAGCAACAGCCACAGCAGCAGUGGCCACAGCAGCAGCCACAGCAGCAGUGGCAACAGCAACAGCAGCAACCGCAGUGGCAACAGCAGCAGCAGCAACCGCAGUGGCAACAGCAACCGCAGCAACCGCAGUGGCAACAGCAACAGCCACAGCAGCAGUGGCAGCAGCAGCAGCCACAGCAACAGUGGCAGCAGCAGCAGCCACAGCAACAGUGGCAGCAGCAGCAGCCACAGCAACAGUGGCAGCAAUUCCCACAGCCUCAGUGGCAGCAGCUGCAGCAGCCACAGCAGCAGUGGCAGCAGCAGCCGCAGUGGCAGCCGCAGCAGCCACAGCAGCAGUGGCAGCCGCAGCAGCCGCAGCAGCAGUGGCAGCAGCAGCAGCAGCCUUGGCAACAGCCUCAGCAGUGGCAGCAGCAGCAGGGCAGCACAUGGGACACCCAGCAAGCCUACCAGCAGCAGUCUUGGCCGCAGCAGCAGCAGGAACACCCCCAGCAGCAGCAUGAGCAGCAAGAGCCGCAGCAGCAACAGCAGGCAGCCGCCGCAGCUGAGCUGCCGCAGCAGGACGGCGCAGGCUCAGCUGACAACGCAUCAGCGCCGCUGCAGCAACAGAACUAG